GGACCUUUGUCAGAGCCAAAACACUUUUCCAAAUGAGAUGGGGUGCAGACCAAUCCGACAAUAAUUAGGUCAUAGAAGUGCCAAAGGAAACCAUAGCUACUUUGUUUUUCACCCUGGCUCUUCUCAUGAUAUGUUGUUUGUGUAAGGACCCUGCCGUGCACCCAGCUGACAGGAAUACUGAUCAGGUUGUUGUUGCUGGUGACAACUCUCAGGGGAGGGGGGCUUUGUGAUGGAGGGGGAAUUUCUUAAAGGAAACAGCACAGAAGUUGCUGCCCAAGAUAACAGUCUGGCGAAGAAGACCCAGCUGCUGGACCGAGGCCAGUGGGCGAACAAGUUGGAAUUCCUGCUCGCUGUGGCUGGAACUCUGGUCGGACUGGGAAACCUCUGGAGGUUUCCUUAUUUGUGCUACAAAAAUGGAGGCGGUGCAUUUCUGGUACCAUAUGUCCUCUUUCUACUUGCCUGUGGGAUCCCAAUGUUUCUUUUGGAGACAGCCAUGGGACAGUAUACAUCUCAAGGAUGCAUCACCUGCUGGAGGCACUUCUGCCCGUUGUUCGAAGGGAUUGGUUAUGCUACCCAGGUGGUGAUCGCCUACGCAGCUGUGUCAUACAUUGUGAUCCAGGCGUGGGCAUUCUUCUACCUCUUCUCAUCAUUCAGCGCUGAGGUUCCCUGGGCCAGCUGCAAAAACCCCUGGAACACAAACUCCUGUGUUGAAUUUGAUAAAGCAAAUAUGUCGUCUAAUUGGACGGCGGCUCCAAAUGCAACAACACCUGCAACAGAAUUCUGGGAGAGACGAGUUCUGGGUAUAUCUCAGGGCAUUGAGCAGAUCGGUAGCCUGCGGUGGGAGCUGGCUCUCUGCCUCUUACUGGCUUGGAUUUUGUGCUACUUCUGUGUUUGGAAGGGAGUGAGAUCCACUGGAAAGGUCGUUUACUUUACAGCCACUUUUCCCUACGUCAUGUUGGUCGUUCUUUUGGCCCGCGGCCUCACUUUACCCGGAGCCAUGAAUGGAUUAGCAUUCUACUUGUAUCCUGACCCGACAAGGUUGGUGGACCCUCAAGUUUGGAUGGAUGCAGGUGCACAAGUUCUGUUCUCUUUUGGGAUUUGUCAGGGGUCUUUGACAGCUCUUGGCAGUUACAAUCAGUACAAUAAUGACUGUUAUAAGGAUACUUUUGUUCUAUGUUUGGUGAACGGAGGCUCCAGCUUUGUAGCAGGUUUCGCUAUCUUUUCUGUUUUGGGCUUCAUGUCUUAUGAACAAGGCCUGCCAAUAUCUGAAGUGGCUGCUUCAGGACCUGGUUUGGCAUUUAUCGCGUAUCCACGAGCCGUGGCCAUGAUGCCUUUACCUCAGCUGUGGGCCAUUUGCUUCUUCAUCAUGGUCAUCCUCUUGGGUGCGGAUACACAGUUUGUCAGUCUGGAGUGUCUCAUGACCUCAGUGACAGACAUGUUCCCCACAGUUUUUCGAAGAGCAUAUCGUCGAGAGCUGCUGCUUCUUUGUCUUUGCUCCAUUUGCUUCUUCCUUGGCCUUCUUCUCGUCACAGAGGGAGGCUUAUACUUUCUCCAACUUUUUGAUCAUUAUGUUUGUAGCGGCAACAAUCUCCUCCUUCUUUCAGUGUGUCAGUCAAUUGCAAUUGGAUGGAUAUAUGGCGCAGAUCGACUCUAUGACAACAUUGAGGACAUGAUCGGCUAUCGUCCAUGGCCAAUAAUGAAGAUCUGCUGGAUUUACAUAACCCCCACUGUUUGUAUGGGUACUUUCAUCUGUUCAGUGGUGAGAUACAAGGCUCUGAAGUUUAAUAAAACCUAUGUGUACCCGACGUGGGCCUACGCUUUGGGCUGGUUUCUCGGACUCUUCUGCGUUCUCCUGGUUCCUCUGUGGAUCAUUUACAGAGUGACACAGAUGAAAGGGACAGUGUUGCAGAACCUCAAACAGCUUUGCCGCCCUGAAUUGAAGCCACACAGCACAAAGCAACCAGAGCAGUGUCCUUUAAACCCAGACACUACCAUUGCUCCUGCUGCCAACGGCUACAAAGGAAGUGGUGGAGCUGAGAUGGAGAUGCAAGUGUGAGAACCUCAGCAUUUUUAGGAUGUUUUUCUACUGCCGGUUUUUGUACAGUUUUGCUCUAUGGUGCACCCUUUUAAGACUUGUAGCUCUACUCUGGAUUGUGCUUUUUGAUAAGAUACAUUGUUGAGGAGAACUGUAAAGUUUUAAAAGCUGUUCAGGUGAAACAAAUUUUUAUUAGCUACUAUAAGGUUAAUUCAAGGUUUUCGUGUUUCAGGUUCGAGAGAUGCCAUCCUUUAUAAUAUCACCACAGAUCAUCUUAUUAUGAAGCUGAAUAAAAAUGAACAAAAACUUUAAAGGGAAAGGCAGCUUAAGACAUAUUCAUGCAAUGCUGGAUGUUUUAGGAGUAAUAAUGUAUUUUCUUUUUUUAUAUUUAAACUGAAUCAAUUGUAGAUUUUCCAAAAAGGCCCUUGUAGCUUUACUUAUUUACUUGCUCUUACCUUUAUUUAGACACAUAAACUGAAUGCUAUUAUUAUAAUUGCAUCUUUUUGUUUGUUAGCUCAACACCAAUCACCACAAUUAUUUCAUUUUUCUUAGUUAUGUGAUUUUCUACAAGUCUUAACAUUUGCAGUAUACCAGAUACAAGUGUUGCAGAGAUGGUCCUCUGAUUGAGCAGUACAACAGAUAUAGUAGUGUAUUUUUGUACUAUUUUCUGAAUGCACUGAUAUGGUUCUGAGGGUUUAAGCCUCAGUUGAAGUUAAUAAAUGGUUGCUCUACUUAGUACUGCCAAGAUUAUAUGUAUAAGCUACCAAAGUGAGACUGAAUUUUGAGGGUACUCAGUUUGAGCAGUACUGUUAGUUUUCAUCAAAAAACUUAAUUUUCAUGCAAGUUGAAGCACUUCAAAGAUUUUAACCAGCACUUUAAGACACAGAUAAGAUAAGAUAAUUUUUAAUUUUUUACAGUCUUUCACACUAUUAUACUGAAGAACUUUAAUUGUGUUUUUGUUUCCACUGUUCCCUCUAAAUAAAUGACAAAAAAAUCUAGUUUGUCAGUUAAUUCAAUAAGGACUUUGUAUCAGAAAUGUUGGUCAAAU